UAGCAACAGCCUGUGUCACUGCAAAGGGCAAAGCCUUCUGAAAUAGCAACAAAGUUGUGCACAAACCACUUUGCGGUCCGCAUUUGGUUUCAGCCAGCUCCAGCAACUUGUUGCAAUGACGAAAAUCAGCUGGGCUUUCCUUUCCAGUCUGGGGAGGACAUCCACCCUCUGAGAGGCUUCCAGCUGAGGCGACGAUGGCACCCGUGCAGAGUGCAGAGGAGCUCGGCCAGCAGUGCCAGGCGAUGAGAGCAGGGGAGGAUGAGGAAGGUGGCAGAGGCAGCAGGCACCUCCGCCAGCUGCCAGCUGCAGCAGGCUGUGGAACAUUUACUUUACUAUCUUCUGCCAUUGCUGCUGUAAGUGGACUUCUAAUGGGUUAUGAGCUGGGCCUUAUCUCUGGAGCUCUUCUUCAGAUGAGUAGCAUAUUAGCACUCUCUUGCAAAGAACAGGAAAUUGUUGUGAGUUCCCUUCUUUUCGGGGCCUUAUUUGCGUCACUUACUGGUGGAUUCCUGAUUGAUCGUUUUGGAAGGAGAUUUGCUAUCAUUAUUGCAUCAUCUCUACUUGUGAUGGGAAGUCUGAUUUUACUGCCCCACGAAUCAUAUGGAAUACUUAUUGUGGGACGAAUUGCCAUAGGUAUUUCCAUAUCAUUAUCAUCAAUUGCAACAUGUGUGUAUAUUGCCGAGAUUGCCCCACAGCACAGAAGAGGCCUUCUUGUUUCACUGAAUGAACUCAUGAUUGUGAUAGGAAUUCUCUUUGCCUAUAUUUCAAAUUAUGCAUUUGCCACUGUAUCUCAUGGCUGGAAGUAUAUGUUUGGCCUUGUAAUUCCAUUAGGUGCCUUGCAGGGUAUUGCCAUGUAUUUCCUUCCACCAAGUCCACGUUUUCUUGUCAUGAAAAAUAAUGAUGAAGCUGCAAGAAAAAUACUGGAGAGGCUACGGGAAACUUCAGAUGCUACUAAAGAGCUCACUGUGAUCAAGUCUUCCCUGAAAGAUGAACAUCAGUAUAGUUUCGUGGACCUGUUUCGUUCAAAGAACAACAUGAGGGCCCGAAUGCUGGUAGGGCUUACACUAGUCUUUUUUGUGCAAACUACUGGGCAGCCUAACAUUUUAUUUUAUGCAUCAACUGUUCUGAAGUCAGUUGGGUUUCAGAGCAAUGAAGCUGCUAGCUUGGCUUCUACUGGAGUCGGAGUGGUUAAAGUGGUCAGCACAGUUCCAGCCACAGUUUUUGUGGAUAAAGUUGGAAGUAAAACUUUCCUGUGUAUUGGCUCUUCUGUUAUGGCAGUAUCAUUGGUCACGAUGGGGUUAGUGAACCGUAACAUACACAUGAAUUUCACCAAUAUCUGUAGAAGCCAGUCUCCAGAGGAUACCUAUCAGAGUCCAGGAAACCUCACUGGUGUCACCAAUGGGAGCUUCAAGGACCUCUUUUCUAGUAUGGCUUUACCAGAAAGACUCUUAUUUGACAUACAGAGAAACCUUGACGUCACCAGGACAGGAGAACUGAACAGGACUACUCCAGCAGGAGGCAGAAGCAUGAUGGGGUCUCACACAGCGAAUGGGGAGGUUUCUGUUGCCCUGAAAUGGGUCUCGCUGGCCAGCCUGCUUGUUUACGUUGCUGCAUUUUCCAUAGGUCUUGGACCAAUGUCUUGGCUGGUCCUGAGUGAAAUUUUCCCUGGUGGGAUCAGGGGACGAGCCAUGGCUUUGACAUCUAGCAUGAACUGGGGAAUAAACCUCCUCAUUUCCUUGACAUUUUUGACUGUCACUGAGCUUAUUGGCUUGUCCUGGGUGUGUUUCAUUUACACAGUAAUGAGCCUAGCAUCCCUGGCUUUUGUUAUUGUGUUUAUACCAGAGACGAAAGGAUGCUCGUUGGAGCAAAUAUCCAUGGAACUGGCUAAAGAUAAAUACAUAAAGACCCCCUUGUGCUGGAUGAGCCAGCGCAGGGAGAAGCUGGUGCCGGUGGAACUACCCAACAGGGAGAAAGAACAGUUCUACUAGAGCUGAGGCAACCAAGGCAGCCUUUGCCAAAAGACUGGCUCCGAGAAAAAAAUACUGACACUACAAUGGGACACAUGGUUUCUUUGUUAUACACAAGAUAAUCUCUCUCUUAUUUCUUAGUAGACCUUCUUUCAGUGGUAGUUUAUGGCCAGCAUUAAAGAUUGUUGUAGUUUGUAACUCACUGGAACACCAGGCUCCAUCUGUUUCAAACCAGAAUCCCUCACCUCCCCUAGGUUACUCUGACACACAGGAGGUGCAUGGAAGCCAGAAUGCUGUGCACAGUCCUUGUUAUCUAUACUCAGCAAGUGCUCAGAGCUGCAAGGAGCUACCGGGUGCCAAGGAGAAGGAAGAGUCUGUCUCACAGGAGGAGACUGCCAAAGACUUACGUCACUCCAACUCUUUGUCAUUUCUCACCAAAUGUAUCCUAAAUUACUGAACCAGCCUUAAAAAAGGGUUAGCUGUAUGGCUCCCAUGAAAUAACUUCAGUCUAUUUUUUCCUAAGAGGUUAAUGAACCUCUUAGGAAAAUAAUGAAUAAUGAAUAGAUUAAUACUUAUUAGCAGAUAAGUAAAUGGCCCAAGAACCUGCAAACACUUUAAAAGCAUAUUGACUGUCUCAGCAGCUACAUAGUGGCAUUUCUCUCAGCAUUUAAUAGAGGGAGCAAGACUGACAUGCUCAGCUGGAAUACUGAUACUACUUUGGACUACACACAUGAUCCCAUUUUAUUUACUGUCUCAUAGCAUUAAAACCACCUGACCAUGUUCUGCACUAAGGGAACUUAACGACCAAGGUGAAGUUCUACUCCUGGACAGAUUGAAUCAGUUCUGAUCAGAUUCUGAGACUGUCACACAUUUACACACUAAUUUUGUAAUUCUAGAGGAGAACACCUAUUCAUACAGUUAGUGUGUGUUCAACCUGAAAAGAAACUAUUGACGCCAAGGCCAUGAUUUACCAAUGUCACUAGAAAUUUAGCUACCUCAGGACUUUAGCUAUCUACUGGUCAAAUCUAUGCCACAACUUUCUUACACUGUAAGCUUUUAGGGAACUAGCGUCAAAAUCUUGUUGGACUUUUUGUACAAAGAUCAGGCAAGUGGUCAUCACAACACAGGAUUUUUAACUAUGAAAAUCCUAUGUCAUCUAAAACAACCAAAAAUCUUGCUGAAGCUUUUCCACCAAACUUCUAGGUGAUUGGUGAGCAAUCUGGCUUAUAGUUGCCUUAUUUUUUCUGUUCUGAUCCGAGAGCCAUCAGUGCUCACACCUCAUGAGUGUUGUAAGACCUAUCUGCUUUCAGAAAUGCAUAUAAUAGUGCACAUAAGGCUCAGCAAAAUACAGAUUAAGGCACACACAUCAAACAUUAGGUAAAAUCUUCCGAUAAGGGUACAUAUAAGUACUACUGACAUAGUCCUUAAGAAGCAAGAAGAGACCAAGCACACACAAGGCUACACAAACAGUGGGGCCGUGCACCUAAGUUUGAGGUGAUUCAGGGUGAAGCCUCCUCCAGAAGGAGUAAGCACAAGGACUUCAGGUUCACAUUGCAGAAAGGAUUAGCCAAGCUGGUAGUAAUGUACAGGAUUUCCAUCCCAAGUUCCAAUCCCACUCUGGACCAGAUGUACUACCAGCUUUCCCAUAGAUGUGGAAGAGUUUCGUUUCCAUUACUUUGAAUUUUCCAAUAAAAAAAUGAAGACCUGCCCAGAAUUUUGCCUGAGCACUACAGUCCUAAUAAAUAACAAGCUAUUUGAAGAGACAUCUUUGCCACUGCAUGGAAGAGACCCUGCAGCUAAGAGUCUCCUUGCAUUUUCCUGGCUGCACCAGGAACAGUUUACUCAACACUGCAGCAGUGACAGAGGUAAGUGUAUUCCUGUAACAUCUUCAAAUAGUUACAAAAAGGAUGCAAAAUGUGUGAAAGCUCAGUCACAAUGCAAGGAUAGCUGGGUUGGAGCCAUGGUGAAGAAUAGUUUUGACAAAUAUUAGUGCCUUAUUACUGGAGAAAAACAGCAACAAAACAUUCUAUUACUGAAAUGGAAAGAUAUUAAAAUAUUGGUUAAACUGUU